GCACACCAUCCUGCAAACACACUGUGACAAGUACAAUCUGAGUACAGUUUCAAAUGGACGAAACUUUGAAGCUACUGAUUUUAUGUGCUGCAUUUGCUUGUUCAUUCUCUGCACUGAGAUGUGCGCCAACAAAUUAUGACCCCAUUAAAUUUACUACCGAAGGUGCGACUCCAAAAAGCUUCAAGCAGUUCAUUGAAGCACUUCGAGAAACACUAACAGGUGAGCUGAUACAUGACAUACCUGCACUUCGAAAUCCAGCAAGAGUGGCAGCAGAAAAUCGAUAUCUUACAGUGGAACUCUCAAACUCGGAGACGGACUCUAUCGAAGUAGGUAUCGAUGUGACUAAUUUAUAUGUUGUAGCAUACCGAGCAGAAGCUCGGUCCUAUUUCCUCCGUGAUGCCCCAGAAUCUGCACCUACCUACCUUUUCACUGACACGGAGCAGCAUACCCUUCCUUUUACUGGUGCUUAUGGUGAUCUAGAGAGUUGGGCUCAUCAGGAAAGAGAGGAAAUAAACCUAGGGUUACAAGCCUUGACACAUGCGAUAUCGUUUCUACGAAGUGGGGCCAAUGACAAUGAAGAAAGAGCUCAUACCUUAAUCGUAAUAAUCCAAAUGAUUGCAGAAGCAGCUCGAUUUAGGUACAUAUCAAACCGGGUUGGUGUCAGCAUCCGAACUGGCACGGCGUUUGGACCUGAUCCUGGCAUGUUAAGUUUGGAGAACAAUUGGGAUAGUCUGUCAGGAGGGGUUCAACAAUCAGUUCAAGGAACUUUUCCAAACGCUGUCAGGUUAACAAAUAUUCGUCACCAACCUGUUAUUGUAGAUUCCUUGUCGCACCAAACUGUUGCAGUUCUAGCACUGAUGCUUUUUAUCUGCUAUCCAAAUCCAAACCAAUCACCUCUGUUAAUAAGAUCAAUUGUGGAAAAAUUAGAUACGUGCGAUGUUUUUGAACCAACCGUGCGCAUUGCUGGUCGAGAUGGGAUGUGCGUGGAUGUCUCUAAAAGUGCCUAUAACGAUGGCAAUCCUAUCAUAAUGUGGAAAUGCCAAGACCAGCUUAAAGAGAACCAGCUGUGGACCUUGAAACGUGACAAGACUAUAAGGUCCAAAGGAAUGUGUUUAACCACCUAUGGUUCUGAUCCAGGGAAUUAUGUCAUGAUAUAUAAUUGCGCCACUGCAGUACCAGUGGCCACUUAUUGGGAAAUAUUAGACGAUGGAAGUAUUAUGAAUCCACGGUCUGGGUUGUACUUGAGUGCUGAAUCUAGUACCAUGGGAGGGACACUCACCGUGCAAUCGGGGCAAUAUCGAUUGCGACAGGCCUGGCGUACAGGCAAUGACACAAGCCCUUUUGUAACUUCAAUCGCUGGGUAUUUGGAUCUCUGCAUGGAAGCUCAUGGAAGUAACAUGUGGCUGGCUGACUGUGAUAGCAAAAAGGAGGAGCAGCAAUGGGCACUUUACCCAGAUGGUUCUAUACGUCCAGUGCAAAAUACAAACAAUUGUUUAACUUCUGAAGAACACAAACAAGGUGCUACCAUUGUCAUGAUGGAUUGUAGCAAUGCAUGGGCUAGCCAACGAUGGGUUUUUCACAGUAAUGGUACCAUUUUUAAUUUAUAUGACAACAUGGUGAUGGAUGUGAAAGGCUCUGAUCCAAGUCUUAAACAGAUAAUACUUUGGCCAUGGACUGGCAAGGAUAACCAAAUAUGGGUUACUUUGUUUUAAUGGCUUCGUGCCUGAGGAGGCAAAUGCUAUUUGCCAGUGUAAUGUUUAAAUAAGUGAUAUUUAUCUAUCCAUUUGCAAAAAUUGUUAAGAGCUUCGUGCUGCCUUGCAUUUUUAUUAAUAUGCUUAACUAGUAAAUUUAUUAUUUAGCACGACCCUAGGCCAUCAUGUGAUCAGUAAAGAGAACCGAGAUUGCUUCAAAUC